AGCUCCGCCACAGUGCCUUCUUAUAUCAGUCAUGCUCAAUCUAGUGAUCGCUAACACUACAGUCUAAACUGAACGGACAGGUUCACACUGUGCUAUUCACCACACAUAAGGCCAUGAGCACCUUUGGCUACCGCCGGGAGCUGAGCAAGUACGAGGAAUUGGAUGAAGAUGAGCUGCUUGCCUCACUGACAGCUGAAGAGCUCAAGGAACUGGAGAAGGAGCUGGCUGAUAUUGAGCCAGAUGAUGAAGUCCCUAUUGGACUAAGGCAGAGAGACCAGACAGUUAAAACCCCAACCGGUACAUUUAGCCGAGAGGCUCUUUUAAAGUACUGGGAGAAAGAGACACAACAGAUUCUUGAAAAUGAAAGUUUUGGGUCUUCAAACCCCCAGUUUUGCUGUGGAUUCCAGGCUGGUAAAAAAAAUGAUGAAAAAGUGAAUAUGACAGUAAGCACCAGCGAGGAAUCAGAAGAGGAGGUAGAAGCUGAGGAUGAGAAGGAAAAUGUUUGUGUAGAUAGUGAUGAUGAUGAUGAUCAUGAAAAUAAUGAAGAGAAGAGUGAACUAGAGGAGCCAGUUACUGAGGAAGAGGAGGAGUGGGAGGAGGAGAAUGAUGAGGAGGAAGAGGAAAAUGAGGAAGAAAAAGAAGAGGAGGAAGAAGAGGAAGAAAAAGUGAUACGGAAGCAGGAAAAUAACCCCCAAAAGGAAAGUGUUCUGGAGAAAUGUUUUCCUCUGCAAAAUACAUAUAAUGGCCACUCAAGCAUCAAGCUAGAAGAACCUGUGAGGAGAAAUUCACCACAAGAGUCAAACCAGUUGUCAGGAAACCCCACUGUCCUGGAUGAAGCUCUUGAAAAGAUCUUGUGUGAUGACCCUGGCACUACUGAAGUCAACCUCAACAAUAUUGAUAACAUCUCCCAGGAAAACUUGAUCCGCUUUGCAGAAGCCCUCAGCUCCAACACGCAGGUGCGGGCUUUUAGUCUGGCGAACACACGCGCUGAUGACCCAGUAGCAUUUGCAAUUGCCAAGAUGCUGAAGGAGAACGGUCACAUUACUAACAUAAACAUUGAGUCUAACUACAUCACAGGAAAGGGUAUCCUAGCACUGGUGCAGGUGCUUACUCACAAUAACACGCUAACAGAGUUACGCUUCCACAACCAGCGCCACAUCUGUGGAGGUCAGGUAGAGAUGGAGAUGGUGAAACUGUUGAGAGAAAACACCACCCUGCUCAAGCUUGGCUACCAGUUUGACCUGGCCGGCCCUCGAAUGAGCAUGACUAGCAUUCUCACACGCAAUCAGGAUCUUCAAAGGCAGAAGAGAAUGCAAGAACUGCGUCAGCAGCAAGGAGGUGUUUUGACUCCUAUUAACCCACGCACAAGUGUGCUUCAGAAGAGCACACCAACUUCUUCCCCAUAUGGGUCUCCUCGGAGUUCACCAUGGUCCUCUCCGAAGCUGCCACGUAAUGAUGCGAUAAAACGUCAUCCUCAGCCAGGCCUUCCACCACCUCCACCACCACCUCCUCCUCCACCACCUCCUCCUCCUCCACCACCUCCUCCCAAACCCCAGAGCAUCACUGAGAAAAGAGAUCCAACCAGAAAGAUCGCAGAAGUAAUAAAACUUCAAGAAGCAAGUGCCAAAAAGCAGCAAGACCAGAGCAAAGGCAAGUGUAAGUCUAAAAAAGGGAAGAAAGGGGUUUCCACUAAAAAUGGGACUGAAAACAUCCUUAAGGAGCUGAAAAAUGCACUGAGGCCCAUCACAGACAGAGACAGUUCCAGACCCUCUACGCCAAUGCGGUCGGCUCAUGACGAACUCAUGGCCUCUAUCCGAGCAAGCAGCAUCAAUUCGCUCAAACGGGUGGAAGUUCCUGAAUAUCUUCGGUAAUAUGGUGAAAGAAAGGAUAGUCAUUGCCACACUAUGUACUGCCACAUUAUGUAUAAGGAUCCUUUCGACAGCACUAUGCACUACGUUUCCAGAUUCCUUAAAGAGUAUAAACAAAUGUACAACUUGUCACAAUCCUACUGACUGUAACAACCAGAAGUGCGUACUGGGCCGUGUUCAGGAUUAAGAUUAUUAUAAGAUUAAGACAGGUGCUUCAAUAUUCAUUGGAUCUGUAUUAGGCAAGGCAAGGCAAGUAUAUUUGUAUAGCACAUUUCAUACACAGAGGUCAUUCAAAGUGCUUUACAUAGAAAUUAGAAAACAGUUUAUAAGAGAGAAAAAAAAUGUAAAAAUAAGAGACACACGAUAAAAUCAUAAUAAAAACAAAGAACAAUUAAAGAAAAUAAAUGUGAUUUCAAUAAAAACAGUUUAAAAUAUUUUAAAAAGAAUAAAACAGGAGUAAAAGUGAUUUGGAUAAAAAGUGCAGUCAGUGUGAAGCAGCACAGUGCUCAUUUAGUAAAUACAGAGUUAAACAGAUGUGUUUUUAAUCUUGAUUUAAAAGUGUCUACUGUUGAAGCACAUCUGAUCUCUUAUGGAAGCUGAUUCCAGCUAUAGGUGGCAUAAUAACUAAAUGCUGACGCACUUUGUUUUGAGUGAACCCUUGGUAUCUCUAACUGACCUGAUCCUAAUGAUCUGAGUAAUCUGCUUGGUUUAUAUUCAAUUAGCAUAUCUGUAAUGUAUUUCGGUCCUAAGCCAGGAAGUGAUUUAUAAACGAGUAACAAUACUUUAAAAUCUAUUCUAAAUGUAACUGGAAGCCAGUGUAAGGAGGACCAGUGUGAGGACUGGAGUGAUGUGCUCAGAUUUUUUUUAUUAUUAAUUGCAAGGUCCCUAGUUUGGUCCUGAUUUGAUCAAGGUUUUGAAUGUUCUCUUGAUGUCUGCAUGGGUUAUCUAGUUUUCUUCUGAAAAACAUACCAGUAGGUAAUUUGAUUGUGCUAAAUUGCCCCAUGUAUGAACAAGAGUGUGAAAGUGUGCAUGUGAGACUGAGAUCCCAUCCAGGGUUUAUUCCUGUCUCACACCAAGGACAGACUCUGGAUCCAAUGUGACCUUAAAGUGCUGCUAGAAGACGAAGGAUGAAUAAAUGAAUGAAUGAAUAAAGAACAUGUCUAGAACAUCAGCUUUGAAUUUCUAUUAUGGAGAACGUUUUGCUGAUAUGUCAUUUGAUGAAUGAAAAAUGAAUGAACCAGAAAAGGUUCUUUUGGUUUCCUCAGUUUGGUUUUCCAUAAGUGAAGAUGGUGACAAUAGAAAUAUGAACAGAAAGAGAAGCAUUUAAGCUAAAAGUCAUUAAGAAAGCUUCAUUUUUGAGUCAUGAACUCUCACGGAUCAUCGCGUAUGACUUUUCACUACACUUUGCUCUAUGAGGACGUCUAGUUCAUAGACAUCCUAUAAAUUGGGUUAUGAUUAUUUUUAGAUUUAAAUAUUAUUGGAUAAGGGAAUGAAUAGAAAACUAUAAAUAGCUGCAGUUUCUUCAUAUUUUGACACAAAUAACAGUAUUGCACUGUAUUGCAUGAAAGUGUUUUAUAUACACUGAUU